UCUCUCUGUUUCUCUUUUAUUUUUUAUUUUUUGUUGUUUCAGGAAAAAUUCUCCAACUUCCCUACUAUUAUAUAUUUUAUUUUGUAACAUAACAGUUGGAGUAGCAUUUUAUUUCGCACCCAACUUCUCCUUUUAUUAUAUUUCCCUCCAAACGAGUGUGACCGAACUGUGUGGUGGCGAAGGUUGUGGCGGUGAUCGGCGACGAAGCACAUAAAGUAUUGCUGUAUCAUGGAAGAAGUCACCUUCGAGUGUGAUCUGAUUCAUUCCAUUUUGAAGCGCUUUUGGACACUGCAAGCCCUUGAGCGCGAAAAUGUUGAAGCUAACGACCCUCCGGACUCCGAGGUAGGAGUUGGAACAUCCAAGAAGAAUCGGUCAACUUCUGCUAAUGCCAAUGCUCUGAAGCUUACUUCUGAACUUCUCCGGAUUUUUAUCACAGAGGCUGUUCAACGUGCUGCUACUAUUGCAGAAGCAGAGGGUGCUAGUCAAAUAGAACCUACUCAUUUGGAGAUUAUUCUCCCUCAGUUACUUUUAGAUUUUUAAAGCAUUUGAAAUACUUAAAUGUAGCUUCUACUUCUCCCUAUCAUCAAUGUAGUAGAAAGGUCAUUAAGAUUUGUUGGUCCGAAGCUAUACCAUCGAAAGAGAAAAGGGCUGGGAUGAAAACUGUGGAGUACCUUUACUCGUUUCUUUCUAUUGCUUUCUAACUUGUACGGCUCGAUUAAUGAAGCUACAGCAGUUAAGAAUUUAAGAUUUUCUCAUGCUCAUCUAUGACGAUGAUAAUACUCAAAUGAUUUUUAGGAUCAAA